AUGUCGAAACCAAAACAUCGUCCUGGUGGCCCGCCUUCGCAUGGGCCUGGGCAGCCUACCAACAAGCAUUCCCUAGUCGACGAUCUGCGAAAGACAAUCCAACGACGCUACAAAUUCUCCGACCCCGACGAUGUCAAAGAGAAGAACAAGAAGAAUGGUCGCAAUAAGGAUGACGAAACAGUGGCAGAGCGAGGUAAAAAACGUGAUCGCAGUGGCAAGAUCCUUGCCCAACAACACAAGGACGAUUCCGGCCAUGAAACUGGAGGAGAACCAAAGGACGAUGUCUGGGAACAGGAAAUGAAGGCUCUUGGUGGAACGGCUGAAGACUUGGAACUCUUGGCAGACGCCUACUCCGAGUCGGAGGUCGAAGGGGACACCUCACAGGCAGGCCUCGAGAAUCUAAACAAGGGAAUGAAAAACAUCCUCAAAGAGAUUGCUCUCGCCCAAGGAGAGAUUCGCGACGAUGAAGCCUCAAGCGGGCCCAAAACAAACAAUGAAACCAAUGGGAAUUCCCUCUCCGCGGAACAUGCUUCUCAACAGCAACAGGCAGACAAAAGCGGACGAGGCAAGAAAAUUCGGCUUGUAUGUGAACCAAAGCCGGACUGGUACAAUGUCGCCGACGCGGAUGUCGACACAACGAAUUCUCCUAAACACACUGUGUCCAAGGGGUCAAUCGACGAGCUCCACGAAUUUGCCAAGUCUCUUCUUGAUGAGGACAAUCAGAAAUUCAAGGAAAUGCAACAGUCAUCAUCCGCCAAUGCCUUCUACAACACCGUCAUCUCAUCGGGAACCUUGUCGGACAAAAUAUCAGCUCUGACGUUGGCCGUGCAAGAGUCACCUAUUCAUAACAUCAAAGCCCUUGAAACCCUGAUCGGGCUCGCUCGAAAGCGGAGUCGUUCCCAAGCUGUUGAUGUGCUCCGAGCGCUCAAAGACCUGUUCGCUCAAGGUUCACUUCUUCCCGAGUCGAGAAAGCUUUACGCAUUUCAAGCCCAGCCUGCCAUCCCGUUUGUGCUCGGGAGUGUCAAAUCCUGGAAAAGAGGGAAUAAACUGCCCCGGGGCCUUGAACAAAGACAUCUCGUGUCGUGGGCUUUCGAAAGCUGGCUGAAAGAGCAGUACUUCGAAGUGCUCAAAAUCCUUGAAGGAUGGUGCAAUGACGAGAUUGAAUUCUCCAAAGCGCGCGCCGUCAACUACGUGUUUGAGCUACUCAAGGAAAGACCGGAACAGGAAUCAAACCUGCUGCGUCUCCUUAUCAAUAAGCUGGGGGAUCCUGUCAAGAAAAUCGCCUCUCAGUCUUCUUAUUUACUGAUGCAACUGCUGCUCGCCCACCCUGCUAUGAAGAUGGUAGUCGUGUCCGCCAUCGAGACCGACUUCAUCUUCAGGCCCGGACAGACCCUGCAUGGGAAAUAUUAUGCAGUCGUUACUCUUAACCAGACAGCAUUGAGUGGGAAGGAAGAAGAUGUAGCGACAAAACUCCUCGACAUCUACCUUGGACUGUUUACCAACCUCUUGAAAACCGACAGAGGCACCGCAAAGAAUGAAGACGACACGGAUCCCUUGCAAGGUAAAGGCCGCAAGAAAAAGAACCAAAAGGCCCAGUCCCAACGGGGCCAGCCUCAAAUCGAAGAAUUGCGUGACAAACUCAUCUCCGCUAUCCUCACUGGCGUCAACCGAGCAUACCCUUACACGAACAGUAGCGCCAGCAGCAGCGCAGCCUUCACCAGCCAUCUCGACACGCUGUUUAAAAUUGCCCAUUCGGCAAACUUCAAUACGAGCAUCCAAUCCCUCAUGCUCAUCCAACAAAUAUCCCACUCUUCCCAACAUAAAGCAUCAAGCGACCGCUUCUACCGUGUAUUAUACGAGUCUCUUCUGGACCAGCGCCUCAUCACCGCGUCAAAACAGCAACUCUACCUGAACCUGUUACAUCGUGCCUUGAAGGCCGAUUUAAGCGUGAAAAGAGUAAAGGCAUUUGUGAAAAGACUUGUGCAGGUGUUGAGCCUGCAUGAACCGUCGUUCAUCUGUGGCGCCUUUUUCCUGAUCCAGGACCUCGAGAAGACGUUUCCUUCACUAGGCAGCUUGAUUAAUGAACCGGAAGAUCAUGAAGGGGAUGAUGUAGAGGUGUUUCGGGACGUCCUGGACGAAGACGAUGUCAACCAAGCUGAUCCAGUUGCCACGAAUGGUCCUUCAGAUUCAGAGCAAUUACAACGAGGUCAUGUCUACGACGCCCACAAACGCGCUCCAGAGCAUGCUAACGCGGACAACGCGUGCCUUUGGGAACUCCUUCCUUUCCUCGCACAUUUCCAUCCUUCUGUCUCCGUUAGCGCUGACCACGUAUUGCGCCACCAAACACUCCCCGGAAAACCUGACCUCAACCUACACACGCUAUCUCACUUCCUCGACCGUUUUGUCUACCGCAACCCGAAGUUGUCGAGCUCGGGUCUCAGAGGCAGCAGCAUCAUGCAACCCAUGGCGACGGACAACUCGCACGCUGUCCUCAUCGCCGGGACGGCGGAUGGGAAGAAGCAAACACCGGUGAACAGCGAGCAAUUCAGGCUGAAGAAGAGCGAGGAAGUGGCCGCCGAGGACGUCUUCUUUCAUCAAUACUUCACCAGCUUGAAGGGCAAGGCCGAAAAUAGGGACAAACUGAAGAAGGAGAAAAAGAGAGGUGACAUAGACGAGUCCGAAGCGGAUGAUGAAGACGAAAUAUGGAAAGCCAUGAUGCAGAGCGCGCCAGACUUGGAGGGUGAUGAAUUUGGGGACAACGAUGACGUGGACCUCGACUUGGCGGACUUGGAAUCAGAUGAAGGAGAAGGCGAAGACGAAGACUUGAGCGAGCUGGAAAACGAGGAUGAACCCGAAGGAGAUGAUGAUGAAGGUGUCGAUAUCGACCCUGCCUUCUUUGACGAUGGGGACGACGAGGGUCUCAUGGACAUGGACGUCGCCGCGGAUGACGAGGGCGACGAGGACGACGAUCACGGGUCAGCAGACUUUGCAGGCUUUGAUUCCGAUGCCGACGCUCCACCACCAGCAGCCCCCGCCGCCAAGAGGAUCAAGAACGGCAAGCAGCCGGAGGAGGUCGCUGUCGACAGCAACAAGGCCAAAAAGGCCAGGUCAAAGAAACUGAAGAGCCUGCCCACGUUUGCUUCGGUCGAGGAUUACGCGAAGAUGCUCGAGGACGACGAGGAUGAGGAUCGCUAG